UGAAUGCUCGAAAACUUUGUCCAGGAGAUCUGCAUUGUCUUUUGUUCCCACGAGUCGAAAUUUCUUUGUAAACUUUUUUCUUGCGACGACUGACUCGACCAGAGCCUUCAGGUGUUAAUAGAACGAUCCCUCACCUCAUCACCAUCUUCUCUGGAAUCAUCGAGUUUGUGGACAGUAAAACAUAGUGCUUGCCAUCAUGAAGCUCCUCUACCCAACCUCUCUCAAGCUCGACGUCCAGAGCCUCGAGGGCUUUGGCGUCGCCCUCCAACCCUACGAUGUCACGACCCCCAUCCCGGAGGAGCACAUCGACGCCGACGUGCUGGUGACGUGGACCAACACCGCCGACAACCUCAAGGACGCGGCUGGGCGCAUGAAGAACCUGAAGUGGAUCCAGUCGCUGGCCGCCGGCCCCAAUGACGUCCUCAACGCCGGCUUCGACCCGACCAAGAUCAAGAUCACCACCGGUUCCGGCUGCCACGACCACACCGUCGCCGAGCACGCCCUCGGCCUGCUCCUCAACGCCGCUCGCCGCUUCUACGAGAUGCGCGACUACCAGCUGCAGCGCAAGUGGCCCGCCCACCUGGGCGGCGCCCAGCCCGACCGCCCCGCCGACAAGUUCACCUCCCUCCGCGGCGCCAACGUCCUCGUCUGGGGCUUUGGCAACAUCGCCAAGACGCUGACGCCCGUGCUGGUCGCGCUCGGGGCCAACGUCAAGGGCGUGGCCAGGACCGCCGGCGUGCGCAACGGCGUCGAGGUGUUUGGCGAGGACAAGCUGGACGAGCUGCUGCCCAAGACCGACGCGCUCGUCAUGAUCCUGCCCGGGUCGGACUCGACGCGGAACGUGUUCAACGCUCAGAGGAUCAAGCAGCUGCCCAAGCACGCGUGGCUCGUCAACGUCGGCAGGGGCACGUCGGUCGACGAGAAGGCUCUUGACGCCGCGCUCCGGAACGGAGAGCUCGGUGGUGCCGCGCUCGAUGUCUUCGAGACGGAGCCGCUGCCAGAGUCAUCGCCGCUCUGGGACGCGCCCAACGUCAUUGUCAGCCCGCAUGCCGCCGGUGGCAGGCCGCAGGGUGCCGAGGAGCUGAUCGCCUACAACCUGAGGAGGUUUAGGGCCGGCCAGGACCUGAGGAAUAUCCUAUGACGCCAGACAGGUCAAACAGCCAAGCUGUGAUAUGACAAGCCUGCAAGCUGUUGUAUAUGGGUAGUUGAUGUAUUAUAACCUUACUAGAACCUAGUGGUACUGCAACAUAGGUGCUCAUCUUUGAUGAUGUGUGUAUACAUCUGAGCUGUCGUCAAGUUUGGAAUAUGUCGAGCGAUCAUCCUGAUACGACUGUUGCAUCCUGUCCAUAACUUGCUAUAAAUAAAAUCGCAUUAGUAUCA